CUGGACACCACUUAGAUGUGACGUCAUCCAUAUACAGAAGAAAAAUCUUUGUUUUGGUUUGGAGCCCACUAUGUGAUCCUUAAAAAAACUUCUUUCCUGUCUUUCCUGCCAGGAGUGUGCAAGGUGCAAGAGAUCCAGAAUGACUGAGUCGGACAAGUGGAAAUGUCAGUUUUGUACCUACCAGAAUUUUCAAGUGGCUACAAAGUGUACAAUAUGUAAUGUAAGGAGACAGGAUACACCAAUCUCAGACUUUGAAAAUGAGGAACAGGAUAUCUACAAAAUGGCAGCUUCCAUGGGACACAACAAGGAAAGCAACACAGUGCCCUUAAACUCAUCCCACGUCAGUAGCAGUGAUGCAGUGCAAGGUACAAAAUGGGCAUGCUCAGCCUGUACAUAUCUAAAUUGGCCCAAGUCCAGUAAGUGCACUCAGUGUUUGCGACCAAGGAAGAAUUUGUCACCUGGAAGUCAGUCACCUAAGCAGAGGAGCAAGACCAGGAAUGAAACAUCGGCAGCUCACUUAGGGGAGAGUUCUAGAUCAGGAAGGACAACUCCAGCAAGGGAAGUAACACCUGGAUCCCCAAAGGCAGCAAAAUGUUCAUCCAAUAAUGAUAUUAAUAAAUCAUAUUCAAAAUAUGCAAAAAUAAAAUGGACCUGCAAAGCCUGCACAUAUGAAAACUGGCCCAAAACUGUAAAAUGUGUUAUGUGUGGAACAAGUAAAGGAAGAACUUCUCCAGAGAUCAUCACCUCACCACCUUCUUUAUCACCCACUGAAAUUACCUCCAAACAGACAGGGCCUUCUUCCCCCACCUUGGCGUGCGGGGGUGGAUCCCCUCAGAGUGACAAUCAGUCUGUAGAAUUACAAGACCCUUCAACCUCUGGUGCUGUAACAUCUGAUGACAACAAAGCUACAGAAAAAAGACUUAAACAGAUCAGGAAGUGCAUGAGAGAGAAAGAUUGGUUGUGGUUGAAUGCAUGUGUUGGUGUAGUGAUUGGAGAUUUAGGAGCCAUUGAGUCAUUUAUCACCUCAGGUGGUGAUCCUUCGCGGCAGCUAACCCAAGAAGAAGUGGCUUUAUUAAACAGACCCAGUGCAUUUGAAGUAGGAUACACACUUGUCCAUCUUGCCAUAAGAUUCAAGAGAGAUGACAUGCUUGCUGUCCUUCUUACAAGUACUGAAUCCAAUGCUAAGGGACUUAAACGCUUGCCAUCCCAUGUUUGUCCCGAUGUUGCAGCAGAAAUCCGUCGAGAAAUUUCCUCAAUACUGAGACAAAGGAAGGGAGGAAAGGGGGAAUUCCCUUGCCAGUUCUUUUCAGAUUGUGUGACAUUUGCUUUACCCUCAGGUGUUAUGGAUUUACCUCAGUCUGUACAGUCACAGGUGUUCAGUGAAAUUCUAGAUGAAGAUGUACAAAAAGAACUGGAGGAUGAUUUGGUGAUAAACUGGAGUUUGGAGCUUACAGUAAGGUUAGGAAGUCGUCUGUAUGCACUUUGGAAUCGAACUGCAGGAGACUGCCUUCUGGACUCGGUACUACAGGCAACCUGGGGAGUGUUUGACUCAGAAAACACACUCAGACAAGCCCUCUCUGAGAGUAUUACUGAUGGUGCUAUGAUGUUCUACCCUAGAUGGAAGGAAUAUGAAUCAAUGCAUGCUGAGAGCCUGCAGUUUUCUUUGGACGAGGCACAAUGGCAGAAUGAUUGGGCAGAACUCUUAAACUUAGCAAGUCAACCUGGUGCUUCUUUAGAACAGACUCAUAUAUUUGCAUUAGCCCAUAUUCUUCGUAGACCUAUCAUUGUGUAUGGAGUGAAGUAUGUCAAAAGUUUCAGGGGAGAGUCUUUAGGAUUAGCAAGAUUUCAAGGUGUUUAUUUACCGUUACUCUGGGAGAAUGGAUUUUGUUGGAAGACCCCAAUAGCAUUAGGGUAUACAAGGGGGCAUUUCUCUGCUCUAGUGACAAUGGAAAUGGACACAGAUGGCAUUCCGGGGGCGGGGGCUCAUAUUGAACCCAAUGAUGAUGAUGAAGUCGCCUACUUACCACUGGUUGAUUAUGAAGGAAAACUCCUGCCAGUGCCCUUUUUAAUGGGAUCAGAGGUUGGUCGUGAGGAGAGUAUUUUACACGAGUGGUUGGACUGUGUGGUUACUAAGGGUGGAUGUUUGGUUGCCCUGCAGAAGGUGGGGAAGCGGCCAUUAAUGAUUAAACAAAUGGUGGACGAAUGGCUGGACCAUUACAGACAGCUACCACAUGUCACCUUGACGACAAAUAAACAAACAACUCUGGCUGCUCAAACAUUUUCAAGUGAUGGAGAGAGUGAUCAGGAGUAAGACAGGGUACCUCUUCCUUCCUAUUUGUGAUUAAUAGUACCUCUGAAUGAUGUUUUUUUCAGUUUUGCUUUAGUUGGAAUCAAAUUCACCAUAACUCUGGUUGUUUCUUUUUUAUUCAGAAAACUUCAUUAGAUUAUUUUGUUGUAGUUGUUGAAGUUUUAAUGUUAUAUUUUAUGUAAACAUGGUAUGUUUGAUUGCUAGUACAAUAUCUUUUGUGUAUAAAUCAAUGAUGAUCUUAUCUUAUUAUGUUCUUUUAUAUUUUACUAUACUGAAAUGGUGUUGACCUUUGUAUUUCAAGUGUCUACUUUUUACAACUGUGUGGACAGGAGUAAAGGACAAAAGCAGAAGUGAUUUAUUGGUUAGUGCAGUGCUUGAUAACAAAAAUGUUUCUCUUUUUUAUAGAUAUAAUCCAUUUUUAUGGUCAAUUAUGAAAAUAUGUCUUUCAACAGUGCCUGCAUUGUGUGCUAGAACAGCACUGAGGGAGAUAUGUUUAACAUGUCAAUCAGUAUUAUGUUGUGUGAAAUGGGGAGUUUUGCUGGGUACUUUAUAUAGACAUGAGAUAAAUUCUACAAGAAAUAUUAGUGUGAUUUCCUUACAAUUUAAAUAUAUUUCUUUAAAGUGAAGUACAGUGAAUAGCAUUUUAAAUUGAAUAUUUCUGGUCUGAUCCUAAGAAUGAUAUUCCUAAAAAUGGCUUUAAUGUUAAUGUGUUUAAUUGUUUGUCUUUACUGUUUGUGUCAAAUAUUAUUGGGAUUUUCAAAGAAUUAAGAUAUGUACAUGUACUAUGGGCAAUUGACCAUAAUUGUUACUUGAUUCAGAUAUUUAAAUCAUUCCCUCAAUGUUUGCUGUAUGAUUAGUGCUUAUCAAAGUUUUACUGAAAUGAUAACACAUAAAUUUUUAUUACCUAAAGAUGAAGUUUAUAAUAUAUGUUCUGUUGUGAAUCCUAUUUCUGUCCAAAGAAAUACUUAAAUGGAAAUACCUCAUUUAAAAUCUUUCAUAUUCAGAGUUUAUGAUUGAUAUUAUAGUACUUCUGUAGCAGACGGAAGCACUAAAUUCUCCACAUGUGUAAUGGACAAAAAUAUAGGAAAUAUGUUUCCUGCAUUGACUGCAUCGAGAAAUUGGAAGUGAAUGAUACAUAUCUUAGUAAUAUGUCUUUGUCUGUCUUGCUAUGUACUUUAAAAUUAUUUUUGAAAAUAUUUUAUACCUUAUACAGUACUCUGCUUCAUGUGCUUUGUGGAAUAAAUGUAAUUAUUGCUGAAUUACCUGUAUAGUGUACAUGUAUGAAGUAAAACCUGAUUAUAGCAUACCUACAUGGUUACCUAUCUUGAUUUUUGCAAUACUAAAUCAAAUUACAUGUACUUUGAUAAAAAAAAAUUUAAAUACUGGUGUAUUCAGUGUCAAAUUAAAUAAAAAUAGUAUAUGCAGGUUUUCAUUGUAAUCAUGUCUGUCAUGAAAAAGAUUUAAUUGCAAAACAUCCUCACGAAAAAAUGAUGCAAUGCUAUAUUUUCUCUGUGGUUGAAUAACUUGUAUCCUCUUGAUGUUUUGUGUAUCUCUAUUUAGACACCACAAAACAUAACUACUCAGAUCCAAACUUUAAUUGAAACUUCAUUUGUAUUUAUGAGGGAAGUUAGUUUAUAUUGGUUUGUUUUUUUCCUUUAAAUCAUACAUAAGAUAUGGUCAUCAGUGGAAUGUAUUGUUUACCACAAUGGGCAUGCUUUAAUGUUUUGAUUAUCUCCAUUUGUGUGAACCUGUACCACUGAGGUAUUUUAUUCUGUCGAUAAUAAUAAUAAUAUCCAUCACUAUCCGUAUAUUUUUUUCUUCCUUUAAAUUCAUUUUCUGGUUGAAAAUAUUCAUUUGUGUGCAAUAUUUGCAGUCUUUUUUUUCUUGUACAUUAAAAGAUAAGAAAAAUA